AUGGUCUGGCCGCCUCUGACAGGUGUUGAGACUGGAUCAUGUGUAGACGCUGCAGAUCCGUACAUUAACCUGGGUUUGGGACCAAAAACCAUUAUUCAGGUUGACUCUCAAUGUGUAAAGCUGGUGCGUAACCACGACUCUGUGAAGCUGAUCAAGUUCGUGGACGACACCACCCUCAUUGGACUCAUCUCCAACAACGAUGAGUCCGCCUACAGGAGGGAGGUGGACCGGCUGGUGUCUUGGUGCAGUGGUAACAACCUGGAGCUGAACGCCCAGAAGACAGUGGAGAUGAUUGUGGACUUCAGGAAGAGCACUGUCCCCCCGCCCCCACCCUCCGUGAUGGACUCCCCCAUCACCUCUGUGGAGUCCUAUCGUUUCCUGGGCACCACCAUCACCCAGGACCUCAAGUGGGAGCCGACCAUCAGCUCCCUCACCAAGAAGGCCCAGCAGAGGAUGUACUUCCUGCGGCAGCUCAGGAAAGCCAAGCUGCCUGCACAGAUGUUGGUGCAGUUCUACACGGCCAUCAUCGAGUCCAUCCUCACCUCCUCCAUCACCUCCUCCAUCACCUCCUCCAUCACCGUGUGGUUCGCUGGAGCCACAGUCAGGGACAAACAGAGACUACAGCACAUUGUGCGCUCUGCAGAGAAGGUGAUCGGCCGCAGCCUUCCAUCGCUGCAGGACCUCAGCAGCAUGACGUCCACCUGCACCCCCAUCAUUAACCUGAAGUAUCCGGACGGGAGCCUGGGCAGCGCCUCCAACCCCGAAAAAUUCCAGGACGACCAGGACUUCGACUUCCUCAAAAGCCAUUAUGUGUCCCGCAGGAAGAUGUUUGUGGACAAGAGCUUUGCUCCAAACCGCUACUCGCUGGGGGAGGCCAGGGACGUCCAAUGGUGCAGACCCAAAGAAAUUCUGGAAAUGCUCAAAAUACCUGAGGAGCCGGUCUUCAGCAGCGAUGGGGAGUCUCGCUUUGACUUUGCUCAGGGUUUCAUUGGAAAUUGCUGGUUUUUGGCGGCGAUUUCUUCCCUCACUCUGAGUAAAAAGCUCAAGGUGCAGGUCGUACCAAAGCAAUCCUUCGAUGACUACGCUGGGAUCUUCCACUUCAGGUUUUGGAGGUUUGGGAAAUGGGUGGAUGUGGUCAUUGACGACCUUCUGCCCGUCUUCAACGAUGCCUUCUACUCGGUGCAUGCAAAACCUGCCAACAUGUUCUGGGUCCCUCUGUUGGAGAAGGCCUACGCUAAAGUGUGUGGCUCGUACCAAGACAUGGACACUGGAAUGACGACUGAGGCCUGCAAAGACUUGAGCGGAGCUUUAAGUCUGGCAUUUCACCUUCAGCAAGCUCACGAAGGCAAACACGACGACGAGCUGUGGCUGUCUCUGUCCCUGGGCACCGGCUGCAAGUCCCUAAUCUGCUGCGGGACGGCUUCAGUCAACCAAGUUUUAGAUGAUCAGUUAACAUGCAAUGGGCCUGCACUAUCCCCAUGCUCCACUGGACUCACAAGAAAACAGGGAAAGGUCGUCAACAGCGUAAACGACAACGGCCUGGUCAACGCUCACGCCUAUUCUGUGACGGGGGUUGCUCAGGUUUAUCACCGCGGCUACAAAGUGAAGCUGGUGCGGCUGCUGAACCCAUGGGGCUCACAGGAGUGGAACGGAAAAUGGAGUGAUAACUCUCCUCUGUGGAACCAGGUGAGCAGAGAGGAUCGGGCCAAGUGUGAGAAGGACGAUAACGGAGAGUUUUGGAUGGAGUGGGAGGAUUUCUGCCAUAACUUUAUCAUGCUGUCGAUCUGCUGUGAAAACCCCAACUUUAUGGACGGAGACCUGGGCUGUCAGUGGCAGCUGAUGACACAUGAGGGGAAGUGGGACAGCGCUGGCGGCAGCCUCAUCUACUCCACUUACCACACCAACCCCCAGUUCCGGAUCCAGGUGGACAUCAGGAACGAUGACGAGGAGUUUGACAUGAACUGUUUCGUCUCUCUGAUGCAAAAGCCGAGGCAGAAAAAUCGCAAACAUGCCCGAUACUACUCAAUCUCUGCAACGGUCUACUCGAUUCCGUCUGGGACCAGACCAGGACGUCUUGAUCGUAAUUUCUUCAGACAAAACAGGCCGAUAGAGGAUAUCCAACACGCUGAAAUGAGGGAGACUGUGACUUGGUACAGUCUGAGUCCAGGGGAGUACCUCAUCGUCCCGUCCACUAUGCUCCAGCACACCAGGGCUGACUUUGUGCUGUCCAUCUACACCAAGACCCAAAUGAAAAUAGAUUCAUUUGAAGGGGAGGAUGAAGAUGACGACCACGACCAUGACCACGACCACGAGGAAAACGGAACAGACGAGGACCUGAUUCUCCCAAAGAUCCCCACUGACCAUGGACCUGGAGACGUGGACGAAAACGCCGAUCCAAAGCACAUAUUUGAACAAUACGCCGACUGGAGAGGAGAGCUGAACGAGAGGAAUCUCCAGAAGCUCCUGAACCACCAAUUCUCCCGCGGAAUGACGGACAGCUUCAGCCGCACCACCUGCAUGGACUUUAUCGCUUCUAUGAUUACUGACUUCAACAGAAUGAUGAACUUCGAGGAGUUCUCUGCUCUCUGGGAGAAGUUGAAGAAAUACCAGAAAGUAUUCCUGGAUGCUGACUUCAAUCACAACGGUGUCCUGGAUCAGACGGAGAUGGAGCAGGCCAUUAAAGCUGCAGGACUGCGCUACAAUGACAUGUUUGUACGGAGGGCCAUGUUCCGCCUCACGUACGGACGCUCCGCCAUGGACCUGCAGAGCUUCCUGGUUCUCAUGUUUGAAAUGGACCAUAUGACAAGUUUCAUGGAGUCCCACAUGUCAGAGCCGGAGGGAGCCAUUAUCCUGUCAAUAGAUGAUUUUUGGAACUUCUAA